UCGCAAGUCUACGAGAGAUGUGCGGAAUCGCUUUGAUCAUCUCCGGCAUUCGCUUCGACUUGUCGUCUCUGCUUCUCGACACCACACUUCCACUCACCAACUUCGACCAACUUCAGUUCACUGCAGCCGACAUCGCCGCCGCUCUGCUACGGAGGGGCCCGGAUAGCCUAGGCUCCAAGAAGCUUCGUCUUCAUUCAUCAGGCUCCGAAAUCAAGUCUGACAUUGAUGGAGCAGAGGAGGAGGAGGAGUCACCUUGUAUGCACUUCUUUGGUGCCACUUUGCAGCUCAGAGGAGUAAACCCAGUACUUCAGCCAUUGGUGGAUUCCUCUAAGAAUGUUCUUAUUUAUAAUGGUGAAAUCUUUGGGGGGAUUGAGAUUGGGAGUGAGGAGAAUGAUGGUGAAGUUGUAAUGAGGUUGCUGGGAGGGUGUGAAGGUUCUGUGCCGAAUGUAGUUUCUAGGAUCAAGGGGCCUUGGGCUAUCAUCUAUUGGCAGGAGAGUUCAAGAACAUUAUGGUUUGGGAGAGAUGCAUUUGGUCGCCGGAGUCUGCUUGUUCACUGGCCGACAGUGGAGGACUCUCGGUUUCUGUUGUCGUCGGUAUCACCUGUUGCUUCAAAUGAGCGUUCUUCUGCUGAAAAUGGAACUACCAAGGUUGGUUUUUGGGAAGAGCUCCCGUGUGGAAUAUACAGCAUAUCCAUAGAUGCUCCAGAUUAUGGCAUGACUUUGGUUGGUAAAGUGAAAAAGCAUGAAUGGACUAAUGCCAUGCUGGAAGAACUGAUACAAUGGGAGAGAACAUUUGUUGAACCCCAAACUGAAGAUUUGCAUAUUUCACAUUGUGAGACUUUAAGAGGGCAACAUGAUAGGAACUCAGAUACUUCAGAUAUAGUGUCACUUCCAUGUAAAUCAGGCAAUGGACAAAGCUCAAUACCAGUACCGGCACAAACUGUGUUGGCUGCUUUGAAGGAAUCAGUUUUGCGCCGAUCUUCACUGCACACAAUAUUUCAGGCAGGAACACAUGAUAUGGAAAAGGAUCUUGUACCGGUGGCAGUUCUUUUUUCUGGUGGAUUGGAUUCUAUGAUAAUUGCGGCAUUGUUGCAUGAGUGCCUAGAUCCAAGCUAUGAGAUUGAUCUACUCAAUGUGAGCUUUGAUGGUCAGUCUGUUCCAGAUAGAAUCUCUGCCAUGGCAGGAGUAAGGGAACUAAGAAAAAUUGCACCUUUAAGAAAGUGGAAACUUGUGGAGAUUGAUGCUGAUUUAUCAAAAUUGGCCUUUGAAACAAAGUGUGUAUUGUCACUCAUAAACCCUGCCAACACCUACAUGGACCUGAAUAUAGGGAUUUCUUUAUGGCUGGCAGCUGGUGGGGACGGAUGGGUGUAUGAGGAAAAUAGCAAAUAUACUGAGGGGAAUCGUCUAGGUGUUAAAUACAAGUCCGAGGCAAGGAUUGUCCUUGUUGGCUCUGGUGCAGAUGAACAAUGUGCUGGCUAUGGUAGGCACAGAACAAAAUAUAGAAGUGGAAGUUGGCUGCGGCUGCAUGAAGAAAUGAAGCUGGAUAUGCAAAGAAUAUGGAAAAGAAACCUUGGUAGAGAUGACAGAUGCAUUUCUGACACUGGAAAGGAGGCAAGGUUUCCUUUCUUGGAUGAAGAUGUGAUAAAAACUUUACUGGGGAUUCCUCUCUGGGAGGUUGCGAACCUUGAUCAACCGAGUGGGAUAGGAGAUAAAAAGAUUCUGAGAGAGGUUGCGAAAUUGCUGGGUUUACAUGAAGCUGCUACUCUACCUAAACGAGCCAUACAGUUUGGUACAAGAAUUGCAAGGGAAUCCAAUAGAAAGAAUUUCGGAAGUAACCGUGCUGCAAAUCAGGCAUCUGCAGGAAGCGUGGUGAUUCACUAGCAGCUGGACCUGGCUUAGAGUGGGAUUAUUGAAUGCAAGGCUAGCUAGAAGACAUGUAUACAUUUGUACUUGCAUUGUUGAUUUAAUUUGUAGGCUUGGGUCUAACUUGCCAUUGUCAUCGUCAUCAGUGUCAUAAAUGGCUGCAUUGCCACUGUCCAUCUUGGAAAUGA